UGUUCUCCGACCGCAAGAGCACACAACUCGAUUCAGAAGGCCGAUUGAAAGAUAGCAACGAUGGCGUCUUCGGCAGGAAGCUUUCUGGGCCGUGGGAGCUCCAGCAAUAAUUCAAACAUGCGGGGUCUCGUGCAGUUCAUUGCAGAUCUUAGAAAUGCGAGAGCCAGAGAGCUUGAAGAAAAGAGAAUCAAUAAAGAACUGGCGAACAUAAGACAGAAAUUCAAAGAUGGAAAUCUCAGUGGGUAUCAUAAGAAAAAAUAUGUCUGCAAGCUCUUAUACAUAUACAUCCUGGGGUGGAAUGUCGAUUUCGGCCAUCUCGAAGCGGUCAACCUUAUAUCCGCCAAUAAAUACUCGGAAAAGCAAAUUGGAUACUUGGCGAUGACCUUGUUCCUUCACGAAGGGCACGAAUUGAUACAUUUAGUCGUGAACAGCAUCAGGAAAGAUUUGACGGAUCACAAUGAAUUAUAUAACUGCUUGGCAUUGCAUGCCAUUGCCAAUGUGGGUGGAAGGGAAAUGGGAGAGGCACUGAGUGGGGAGGUUCACAGGCUGCUGAUUUCACCGGCAUCCAAAUCGUUCGUCAAAAAGAAGGCAGCUUUGACUCUCCUCAGACUCUACCGAAAACAUCCCGACAUAGUGCAACCGCAAUGGGCGGAACGGAUAAUAUCUCUAAUGGACGAUGUUGAUAUUGGUGUUGCUCUCUCGGUCACCUCCCUUGUGAUGGCUCUUGCUCAAGACAAUCUUGAUCAAUACAAAGGAUGCUAUGUUAAAGCUGCAGCAAGAGUCAAAAGGAUAGUCGUGGAUCAAGAGUUUACCCAGGACUAUCUUUAUUAUAAGGUACCCUGCCCGUGGCUCCAAAUGAAACUUUUGAGAUUGUUACAAUAUUAUCCCGCAUCAGAGGAUACACAUGUCAGAAACCUGAUUCGGCAGUCAAUACAAAAAAUUCUAGACGAUGCGUCUGAUAUGCCUAAGAACGUUCAGCAGAACAAUGCGCAGAAUGCUGUUUUGUUCGAGGCCAUAAACCUUGUCAUUCAUCUUGAUACCGAAGUAGAUCUGAUGAAACAAAUCUCAACAAGACUCGGAAAAUUCAUCCAGUCACGGGAGACCAACGUUCGCUAUCUCGGCUUGGAAGCCAUGACACAUUUGGCUGCAAGAGCUGAUAUAUUGGAUCCUAUUAAGCAACAUCAAGCAAUUAUUAUUGGGUCCUUGAAGGAUAGAGAUAUCAGUGUACGGAGGAAAGGUUUGGAUUUGCUAUACAGCAUGUGUGAUCAAACUAACGCACAACCGAUUGUUGGCGAGCUCUUGCAAUAUCUUCAGAAUGCGGAUUUCGCAAUCCGAGAGGAAAUGGUCCUAAAGAUUGCCAUUUUAACCGAGAAAUACGCUACUGACAUUCAGUGGUAUGUUGACAUUUCAUUGCGACUCAUUGCAAUGGCAGGAGACCAUGUCAGUGAUGAGGUUUGGCACCGAGUCAUUCAGAUCGUUACCAACAACGAAGAGCUUCAGGUAUAUGCAGCACAGAACAUUUUACAGUAUGUGAAAGCGGACCACUGUCACGAGACACUUGUGAAGAUCGGCGGAUACAUACUUGGCGAAUUUGGGCACUUAAUUGCAGAGGACAAAGGUUGUAGUCCAAUUGAGCAGUACCUUGCGUUACAGGGAAAACUACAAGGCUGCUCAUCCAGUACAAGAGCCAUUAUAUUAUCAUCUUUUAUCAAAUUUGUCAAUCUUUUCCCAGAGAUUAAACCUCGACUUAUGUAUGUAUUCCAAGCAUACAGUCACACUUUGGACUCUGAGCUUCAACAAAGAGCUUGCGAAUAUUUGGCAUUGGCAAGCUUACCAACCGACGAUCUUCUCCGAACGGUCUGCGACGAAAUGCCACCCUUUCCAGAACGUCAGUCAGCACUACUUUCACGGCUGCAUCAAAAGCAUGCUGGAACUAGUGAUAAGCGAACUUGGAUUGUUGGAGGGAAGGACGCCAAUGCUAAUGAGAAAGAUUUUGUGGUUGCCAAGAACCCAGGCCUCAAGCGCACUUUUAGUACUAAUGGAGCAAAGUCUACUACCACCGGAGCCAACGGGGGGAUCAGUGGCGCUAACGGACACAACAACGGCUCCAGCAACGACCUUGCUGGCUUGGAUCUUAUGGAUCAAGGUCCAUCGGAACCAAAAACCCUUAAAGCGCCAAACUUAGCAAGCGCAGCCCAUCUUUCACCGGAUUGGGAGAUUGGAUAUAACAAACUUCUUCUCAAAGCGGAGGGAGUUCUUUAUGAAGAUGGGCAAAUCCAAAUUGGAGUACGAUCUGAAUAUCGUGGCCAAAUGGCAUGCGUCAUCCUAUACUUCUCCAACAAAGCCCCUUCUCCUGUCAGUUCGUUUACCACAACACUUGAUCUCGAACCAAGCGAGAAGGAGAACCUGUCAUGGGAAGUAAAAGGUCUGCCGGAAAGCACAAUUCAUCAAGGGGCACAAAGUCAACAAAUGAUAAUGUUUGAAUCUAAGAAGGUGUUUGAAAAGAGUCCAACUAUUAGAAUUAGUUACCUGGCUGGAGCUCUCCAAGCUUUGACACUGAAGCUUCCAAUUACUAUACACAAAUUUAUGGAUCCGGCAGAAUUAUCAGCGGAUGAUUUCUUCAAACGAUGGAAGCAAAUCGGAGGAGCGCCGCGUGAAGCUCAACGCAUCUUUGGUGUCAAGGGUGGUAAGGGCGGAAGUCGUGAAUUUACUGAUGGAUUCGUUCGUAGGACCAUAGAUGGAUUUAGAUGGGGUAUCUUGGAUGGCGUGGAUCCUAAUAAGAAGAACUUUGUCGGUGCCAGUGUGUUGCAUACUGGUGAGGGAGGCAAAUUUGGUUGUUUAUUAAGACUGGAGCCGAAUUAUGGGACCCAGAUGGUUCGCCUCACCAUCAGAGCAACAGAUGAAAGUGUUCCACCAGUUUUGAUUAAGCUUAUGGAAGAAAGACUGGCUGUUGGUAUUUCGACGCAGCCUGAAAUGCAAUUGCCACCUUCACGGAGAGAAAUAUCUGAUGCGUUUGGUAAUAUUCUUGUCGAAUAAGAAAACACAAACUUUUACAAUUAGGGAAUGGAAUUAAACAUGGGAUGUAAGAUGCGUGAGGGAGAUAUAAAAUAAUGUGGAAAGGAUUUCAAAAGAUGAGAUUUUGGGAUCAUAGUGGUAGUGAUAGUGAUAGUAAGCCAUGUCAAGGCAAUAUUUUGAGCAUAAGCUUCUUUUCUCUCCUGAUUGUGGAGUUUCUAUGGGUGGAUUUUAGUAAAUAAACA